GGGGCUCGGUCGCCGACACCCUCUGCGGCUGGAGUAGCGUUAAAGCAUGAAUGGAGAGCCGCGCUGGGGGCGGUGUUGCUGUGACUGACACCUUCAGGGUCAGUCCUGAGAGGGGGUGAUUCCGCCGGUUUCUGGCUUUCUCCCGAGUUCGGAGUUCUGGGAGAGGAGGCUUUUUGCAACUACUGCUGCUACUUCCGAGGCACGAGAUUCCAGUUGUUUGGCCAAAGUGGUUGUGGGCCGAGCACGCGCUGCUCCGGGGGCGUUCGCUGCAGAGAUAGUGCCCUCUGAACUUAGCAGCAAUGCAGCAAGUCUUGGAAAACCUUACGGAGCUGCCCUCAUCUACAGGAGCAGAAGAAAUAGACCUAAUUUUCCUCAAGGGGAUUAUGGAGAAUCCUAUUGUAAAAUCACUUGCUAAGGCUCAUGAGAGGCUUGAAGAUUCAAAACUAGAAGCUGUCAGUGAUAAUAACUUGGAAUUAGUUAAUGAAAUUCUUGAAGAUAUCACUCCCCUAAUAAAUGUGGAUGAAAAUGCAGCAGAACUGGUUGGUAUACUCAAAGAGCCUCACUUCCAGUCGCUUUUGGAAGCCCAUGAUAUUGUGGCAUCAAAAUGUUAUGAUUCACCUCCGUCAAGCCCAGAAAUGAAUAAUUCUUCUCUCAAUAAUCAGUUAUUACCAGUAGAUGCCAUUCGUAUUCUUGGAAUUCACAAAAGAGCUGGGGAGCCACUGGGUGUAACAUUCAGGGUUGAAAAUAAUGAUCUGGUAAUUGCUCGAAUCCUUCAUGGAGGAAUGAUAGAUCGACAAGGUCUGCUUCAUGUGGGAGAUAUCAUCAAAGAAGUCAAUGGCCAUGAGGUUGGAAACAACCCAAAGGAAUUACAAGAAUUACUGAAAAAUAUUAGUGGAAGUGUCACCCUAAAAAUUUUACCAAGUUAUAGAGAUACCAUUACUCCUCAACAGAGUUACAUCAACAUGGAGAGGCAUCCAGCACACGUGCGUCAGGUAUUUGUGAAGUGUCAUUUUGAUUAUAAUCCAUACAAUGAUAACCUGAUACCCUGCAAAGAAGCAGGAUUGAAGUUUUCCAAAGGAGAAAUUCUUCAGAUUGUAAACAGAGAAGAUCCAAACUGGUGGCAGGCUAGCCAUGUGAAAGAGGGAGGAAGCGCUGGUCUCAUUCCAAGCCAGUUCCUGGAAGAGAAGAGAAAGGCGUUUGUUAGAAGAGACUGGGACAAUUCAGGACCUUUUUGUGGAACUCUAAGUAGCAAAAAAAAGAAAAAGAUGAUGUAUCUCACAACCAGAAAUGCAGAAUUUGAUCGUCAUGAAAUCCAGAUAUAUGAGGAAGUAGCCAAAAUGCCUCCCUUCCAGAGAAAAACACUAGUAUUAAUAGGAGCUCAAGGCGUAGGCCGAAGAAGUUUGAAAAACAGGUUCAUAGUACUGAAUCCCACUAGGUUUGGAACCACAGUGCCAUUUACUUCACGGAAGCCAAGGGAAGAUGAGAAAGAUGGCCAAGCAUAUAAAUUUGUGUCACGAUCAGAGAUGGAAGCAGAUAUUAAAGCUGGAAAGUAUUUGGAGCAUGGAGAAUAUGAAGGAAACCUCUAUGGAACCAAGAUCGACUCUAUUCUUGAAGUUGUCCAGACCGGACGAACUUGCAUUUUGGACGUAAACCCACAAGCGCUGAAAGUGUUGAGGACAUCCGAAUUCAUGCCCUAUGUGGUAUUUAUUGCGGCUCCAGAGCUAGAGACUCUACGUGCCAUGCACAAGGCUGUUGUGGAUGCAGGAAUCACUACCAAGCUUUUGACGGACUCUGACUUGAAGAAAACAGUGGAUGAAAGUGCACGGAUUCAGAGAGCUUACAACCACUAUUUUGAUUUGAUCAUUGUAAACGACAAUCUUGACAAAGCCUUUGAGAAACUACAAACUGCCACAGAGAAACUAAGAAUGGAACCACAGUGGGUCCCAAUCAGCUGGGUUUACUGAUGAUUGAUUAAGGUUAACAAUUAAAAUAAAACUUUUAAAAAGUGACUCAACAAAUAAACCUUCUACUGAGAAAGUACAUGUACAGAUAGAAGAUACCUGCCAAGUCCAGGCAUUUUUAGUGUAGAUCGAAAUAACAGUACACUAUUCUGAAUUUUUAUAUAAAAUGUGGUUGGAAAGGUGUACUAAUAUAUAAUUUAUCUUAAUUUUUCUAACUUUCUAUGGAUAAUCUUUCUAUUCAUAUCAUAAAGAAAUGCGUUGAAGCAUUUUGUAUAUGUUUUGAUUUAGUACCCUUGCCUUUUUCAUCAGAGGAAUUUUCCAGUCAUUCACACUAACAUUGGUCUCACAUUUUCACUGUGAUAAUGAAUACUUGAAAUAGUUUUGUAAAGUUGUUGUUUAGUUCAGUAUUCAACUAGUGAAGGGUCACUUACUCUAAUUAGAAGAAAAUAGUAAUUAUUGACCUUCCUUCUUCAAAUUUCUUACAGAAACAAAAUUUCAAUGUCAGUGCCAGUUAGUCUUCUACCAUUUAAAGACUGACAUCAAAAGUCUGUUCAAUGCCACAUAUUUUUCAUUAUUUCAGAGAUGUGUGGCUGUCCGUUCUAAUUAAUACAAAUAGAAUAGUCUUUUCAUUUCUGUCUUUAGUGAAAAAAGGAAGAGCAAUACCUUGUGCUCUCCCGUGAGGUUAUUCUUUUCAUUUGUUGCAUUGACAUGCUGACACUAACUAAUUAAUUUAACACGUACACAGUAAGCUUGGGCUGGAAGCAAAGUCAUGCAAACUGAGAGAGUGCCUUAUCCUAUAAAACCUUACACAAAGUGAUGCUUGAAGAAAGUUUAUUUAUUGUACAUGUAAAACUCAUUUGGAUCUACUUCUUUAGUUUUUUUUUUAAAGGAUAUGGUCAGUAAAAUUAUGGCUCUGCAAAUUUCUGUUUGAUGUUUGACAAUUUCAAGUUUGCAGCUGGUAGUUUUUGUAAAUUUAUGGUUUUUUUUGUGAAUGAUCAGUGUGCUUUUUGAAAUACAUGAUCGAUAAGGUACUUAUUCUAUUUGUUGUGUCAAAGAUUGAAUCUAUUGAACAAUUUACAGAAUUUGAAAAUAAUUGUCAGCUGUCAUGUAUACACACAAUACUUAUAUAAUAUUCACAUUAUAUAUGUACUAUAUAUGUUAAAUGAUUUUUAUAUUUUUUUACAUUUCUUUUAGGAAACACACUUGUUUUGUUUAAUGAUUAGAAAAAAUGUCCCCCUUUAAUUAUAUUGACAUAAUACAACAAUUUUCACAUUCAUCUGUUAAUACCUUCUUCAGGAUUCUUGAAUGGUAUAAAUUCUUCCUAAAACAUAUUCAGAUAUGCAGCCAUCACUAAACUAAAUCAGCCGUAAUCUAUAUUACUGCUAGCUUUUCAUAUAUACAAUAUUCACACUUAGGAGGGUUUGGUGCUUAACUAUUGGUGAUCAUCUUUGUCUGGUGGCCUCCAACACCUGGCUGCUGAAUGUUUCUCCCCUCAUCCAAGCUGUCACAUGGAAUGCCAGCUGGGAAGAGAAAAUAUAUGGCAAUAAGCAGUAUUCACACUGUGUUUUAAAUCAUUUUCACAAUGAAAUAAUACACCCAAGUUGCUGUAUUGUUAAAAUCUAUAGGGUUUUUUAAAAGUGGUAAUUCCAGAAUUGCAUAGCCAGUACACAGAUUCUUUUUCUUUUAAGCAACAUGAAUCAAAGCACAGUAUCAAGUUCAUGUCCUGUGACUUAAUGUUUUAACACACUGUAAGGUUUAAUGCGAAAUUUCAGUUCUGCACUCUCAGGAAAUGCACAGUAUUAUCCAGUGUACCUUCAUGCUGCUGCAUGAAGCCUAUCUAAACAGCUGUGGAAUAACUGUAGCAGCACAAGAGUUUGUCCACAAAAUAUUUCUGCCAUCUUGGUAUAACAGAUGACUUUCACAUAUAUAUUUUUAGCCUUGUAUGAUAUAAAAAUGCUUAUUAUCUGGAAUAUAGUCUGUACUUAAAGGAAUUAUUUCUAUUAUAAAUGUAUUUAUGAUUGAUUACAUAAUUAAUGCAGAUUACAUUCCUCCUAAUAUAAAAUGAAAUGAUGCAGUUUAGUUCAUUUCAGUGUAGAUGCAAAUGCUGAAGAAAUUAAAUUCAGAAAAUUUCAUUGUAUCUCAGUGAAGAGUCACCAGACUUGAAACCCAAAUUAGCAGUGCCCUGUGAGGCAAAGAAGCCCAGAGACUUCACCCAGGAUUCUUCCUAGGUAAUGUGAUCAAGGAAAUGUGUACAAGAUAAUAGACUUGUUUCUGAAAGUUUUACUGAAAGGAAAAUGUUUUACAGUGAUAUUAAACAACUGUUAUAGGUAAAAUACACACACACACACACACACACACACACACACACAGACACACGUGCAUGUGCUUUGGGGAUACAUGAUGUGCUGAUACAUGAAUGCACCUGAGGGUUCCUUGUGGACUGUAAGUGUCCACGUUCAGCAUUCAGGGCAUGACUAUUUAUAUACAACUAAAGUUUAUAUUUUUCAUUUUCAAAUGUACAAAUGCCCAUAGAAGUAAAGUCUUUGAACAAGUUAUUUAACUAGAGCUAGUGGAAUAUGCUUGGCACCCUACAAGUGGAAUUUUCACUUUCAUUACAGCUAUGCUUUUAUUAUGCAAACAUUUUUAUUUGAUAUUUAGAUAAUACCAAAUGUCAAAUACAUCAGGACUUUUUAUUUGGGCCAACUCUAUGUAAUUGCUGACCAUAGUUCUAAAAUAGAAAUUGUCUAGAAAUCUAGUAUUACCACUAUAGCAAUAGUAGCCUAAACCCAAUUCUAGAAUCUAGUAUAAUAGCCUAUAGGGACGUUUCCUUUAAAAUAGCAAAUUGGUCAUUAAGACAAAUUUAGAAAAUAACCUACAGUUAUCCCCAGAACCAAAAAAGAAAAAAGAAUAACUCAAAUUAGCAAUAAAAACCAAUAGCAGGACAUUACAGAUUAUGACCAGAUACUAUUUUGGCCAUAAUAUCCUAAUGGACAAUAAUAUAAUAAAAGAUAAUCCUUAUUUUUAAAAUUCAUUAAAAUAGCACUUAUAAUUGUGUAUAACAUGUGUCAUGAUCCUGUGAAUGGAGUUGAUUUUCAAGUUGGAUAGCCAGAGUUAGGUAUAAUUUUGGAUUAACAAAUUCAAAAUGAAAAAGCUUUGAAAAUUGGUCAAAAUAAUAAUCUAUUUGCAUUUUUGUGACUUCUGAAACAGUACUCCAUUAUUUAGAAAUCACAGGCUAGAUAGAACCAAUAAUUUUAUAGUAAUCUUUAUACUAAAUAUGGAAAAGGCAACCCUGAAGUUUUAUGUACAUAGUUCAUUUUUUUAAUGUUUGAGUUGCCAUGUGUGUGUAUACAACUGUUUAAUAUGUAAUAUUCUCCCCAAAUAUACAAAUAAUAAAACCAAAUAUACUCACCUAAUUAUGAUAGCCCGUGUUCUAAAAUUUUUAAUUAUUCUCAAAUUCCUAGACAACUGAAACUGUUUUAGAUUGUUUCAAAAGGCUUGAUUCUAAACCUUUAAGUUGAUAUCAAUCUCCUUUCUGAAAAAAUAUAUGAGAAACUAAGUUCAGAAAAUUAUUGUUCAUGAUUGUAGUUUAAUUUCCUGAAGGAAAUUAAGGGAAAAAAAAGAGUUCUGGAUGGUAGCAUCUUGGAAAAUACUCACUUAACCCUUCAAAUGAAUUUAUGAUAUGAUUCAGGUUUACAGAUUGUGAGACCUGCACUCCUGUUCCAAGGGAUUUGCUGUGAGAAUUCAAGUAAUAACAUGUAACAUAUUUGAAGUUCUUGGGAAGAAAUGCAAUAUUUUAAUAAUGGGAUUUUUAUAUAGUACAAGCAAAUAUUCACAACUUUUAAGAAUACAUUUAAUCAUUCAGCAUCUUGCCAGUUUUUAUGUAAGUGUGUGAUAUACCUGAGGAAGAUGAUAGUUCUAUAGUUUUGUAAGGUUAUUUUUUAGUUGCAUUUUUAUUCUUGUUUAUUUCAAGUUAUAUUCCUUUAAAAAAAAAAAAAGAUUUCUUAUAUUCCAUCAUGUUACUGUGUGUUUUACUAGAAUGAGUUUUGGAAAAUUCACAAUCAAAUGUUAGUCCUUAAUGCACUAGAAAGUGAGAGAAUGAUGUAUCAAAUUUCUAAGGUAAGAAGCAUGACUUCUGCCACUUUGGCAAAAUACUCUCUCUUGAUAAAAGUGAAAAUAGUGUCCUGGCUCUGAUCCUAAUUCUGUCUUCUGACCAUGAGAUUUUUGAUGAAUUUUACAUCUCCCUUUACAUUUGCUAUUCUCCUUAAUAAGUAGGCCUAAGUUAAUACUUGUCUUCACCUUAAAUGAUAAGGAGUCGUUAUUUAUAGCUGAGAUGUGAUAAGUCUUUAUUAGGUUACUUUAUUUAUUAAAUGUAUUCACUUAUUUCAAGGUUACUUAUCUCUCAGUUCCUUUAAAGUGUACCUCCUUCUGAGGUCACGCAGUGGGUGGUGAACACCAUCCAGAAAUCCUACCUCCAGGUUUAAAACAAGGAUGCAUUCCAGCCUGGAAGAGGGAUCUGUUCUGCUUUUUCAAGUUCUAAUCAGGAGGUCCCUUUUAGUUUAGAAUCCCAUUUCAAGUCCAAACUUUUAGCAAAUCCUUAUGCCAACCAGACUACCCACAAAUCAAAUAAAAUGUAAGUAACCAAUCCAGUUCUCUUACAUCAGAACAGACUGAUCUUUUGCCCUUUAAAGCUGCCCUACUUUAUUCUUAUGCCUGAAAUUUAUCACUGUAGCCCUAUUAUUUAACCCAUAGUGUUACGUUUAAGAGGCAUCUAUUUCUUUAUAGGAAGAAACAUUCACUGUUAGAUCUCAUUAAUGAAUUUCAAAUUCCAGAUAAUGGUUAUUACUUUCUCCUUAUAACUGCUUCUUGGCCAUUAAGUCGAUAAAGCAGUGUUAGGAUAAAUCUGACUGAUCUUCACACACAGAAGGUCAAAAGCAACAAUUCUUCUUUUCCUUUUCCUACUAACCUUUAUUGUUUUCUAAUCUCUAGCACAAACUGAGAACACAUCUGUAGUUAAGAUAAAUGCUGCUUAUAUUUGGAAGUUAAAUGAUUUACUAGUAAUAAUCAACCUUCUUUGAGUUCCUUGAAAUAAGUAGUGUUGCUACUAUAAAACAGAAGCCAAAAGUCUUAUUUUUUGGUGCUGGGGACUGAACCCAGGGUCUUAGAGCAUGCUAAGCAUGCACUCCACCACAGUAAGCUAAGCCCCCAGCCCUUUAUAUUAAAAGUCGGAAAUAGUAGUCUUUAUAGUAGUUUAGCCAACAGCAAGCCAGGGAUAGCAACACCUAAAAUAUGACAGGCCAUACCUAAAAUUUUGACUUUCCUCCCGUCAGUCAAAGUGACCUGAGAGCUUGAAAGAUAUCUAAUGAACUUACAGCAGUAAAAACUAAUCAACCAAGGACUAGCGUUUGUAGCUCAGAGGUCAAAUAUGUGUGCUUAGUAUGCACAAGGCCAUAGGUUCAUUUCCCAGCACCCAAAACAAACAAAAAAUCCUCAUCAGUGUAAAUUACCGACAUCAAGCCAAAAGUCAUUACCAGUUAAAGUGUGUGGUUUUUAUGUUCUGCAAUAGGAAAAGUGGAUAGUUUUAUCAGUAGCAUUGCUCUGAAGACAGAAAACUUAUCUCUAUAAACAUGAUCCAAGAAAGAAAUAACUUAGUCUGUUCAUAAAGAAAUAGAUUUGAUGCAUAGCUUAUCUACAUCUGUGCUUGAAAUAUAAGGUAAAUAGUUCUUUGGGCUAUAUAAACUUUUUUAAAAAAAACUGCUGACUGGUUCCUAUACUUUCAAUAACAUUGAUUUUUUUUUUUUUUUUAAGUGGUAUCUUGGAUUCUGUUGUAGAAGAACAAACAGUAGGGUUCAGGAACAAGUACAAUUUUCUAGAUGUUAAGUUGAGCUCUUUUAGGGCCCAUGAAGGGUAUUUGAUGUUAAACCUUGCUGUAGAAGUCUCUUAAUCCUGUUUUUUUUUUUGUUUUGUUUUGUUUUUGUUUGUUUUUUUAGUUCAUUUCUGAUGUAUCUUUCCUUUGAACACAAAUGCAUGCUAUUUUUAACCUCUAGUCUUUGAAGUGAUUAUUGAAGAGAAUAUUUUUUUUAAUGGAGGGCAAUAUGCUUGUUAGCUACCUAAAAAUCAAAGCUGAACAAGCUGCUUAAGUAAGUUUCUGAUGAAAAGGUUUAAAAAUAAAAAUUAAGUGCUGUUGCUUUCUAAGUAAUUGUAUUACUAGUUCCUGUAUAAAAGAAACAUUACUGCUGUUCUUGUAUAAAUAAAAAUUUCCUAGAGUACAAUUAAGAAUUGAUUUUUCAGAAACUGUCCCCAUUAAUUCUUUUCAUGUAUUUCCCUAUGCUAUCAAGAACAAAAUUAUUGAAAUGUUCAAUUUGUGAGAUAACAUACUCCUGGUAAAAUAUUUUUGUACAUAUAAAGAAAUAAAUAUUUACUAUUGGAGAAAUGUAGUGUUUCAUUUAUAGGUAGAACUGACUUGGAGACAGUAUAACAGGACAUCAGAUUAGCUUUGGUAAUUUAAGUACUAAUAGUCUUUGUAAAAAAGUUCCUAAUACUUAGUUUUUUGUAUCUAAAUAAAUUUUUUCCUUCCUCUAUUUAACAAGGAAACCCUAACCAUUGUUUCCUCUAUGCUAAUCUCAGCAAAUGGUUGACUCUCAAAGACAGCACACUGAAGGAAAGAAUUUUCAGAAUUUGGGAAGAUUAAAAUAUAGGAUCAUGAAAACAAGUCCUCUCUGCUAAGGUGGCACAAGUACUAUGGCCAUUUUCCCAGCUGGCCAGGAAAGAAAGAAACCCUGGUGGGGUAAGAUGAUGAACUGACCUGCAGCCCCACAUAGCAGAGCUAGAGGGGAAGUGGACCCCUCUGCCCGCUCACAAAGCUGGCAAGAGAUGGAGGCAUGACCGAGGGGUCACACAGGCAGCCUUUGUCAGAAAGUGCCCUUUGCAAUUCUCCCAGGUUGGUUUCCAGCAUUCUGUCCUCACAUAUAAGGAGGUGCUAGACUAAUGUAUUUCAGAUGUCUCCAGAAAAUUAACUUUUGUAUUGUUCAUUCUUCCAUCUUAUACAAUCUUUGUUUUGUUGUUGUUUCAAUUAAGAGAAUAAUAUGUACAAAAUCCUACCAGGAAUUGGAGGAUGAAAAACCUCAUUUUGCCUCUUGUCCCAACCUGUAAGUCCCUGAACCCAAAGGAGACAAUGCUUGGUUUCUUGUAAACUCUUUAAAUGCACAUCAAUACGUGCAUGUUUCUCUUUUUAACACAAACUCAUAUUACACAGUUUGCGGUUCUUUAUUCAACUUCAGAAAACAUGACAAAUAAAAAGACAUAGUGACACCAAUUUAGCAUUACUUUCAUUUUGCCUAUUCCUUUCCAACUUGUAUACAAAGUAGUUAUUUUUGUACAGUUGCCAUCACAAUGUACUUUACAUCUUUUCCCCCUGCGUAUAAUAAGCAUUUGCAUAAGGCUUAGUCUCAUCUUUUAGUGAGUGACAGAAGAGGUACUUUCUUUAUAUCUUCUUUGUUAAUGUUUAUUAAACUCGGAGGGGGAAAAAGGGAACUAAGUGUACAAAGAUGAGGUUAAAAAGGAAAUGUGCUGAAUAACAUGCUUCCCUAACCACUGGUCUUCCUCAUCUCUAGUGGCGCCAGGUUCCAGAAAGAUUACAGCAGAUGGUGGUGAUGGAACCUCCUGGGGACACAGUCUAAGCUAUUUAUGGUAGAAGUCAAAACAGAAUAAAAAGAAAAAAAAAAAAAAAAA